AUGUCUACUGUAAAAACAUUGAUUGCUGUGGCUGUCAAACAACACUGGCCCUUGUUCCAACUUGAUGUCAAUAAUGCAUUCUUGCAUGGGGAUCUUGAUGAAGAGGUUUUCAUGAAAAUACCUCCUGGUUUGUCUGUUUCUCCCUCUUCAUCUACUUCUCCUCCUUUGGUUUGUAAACUACUCAAAUCCCUCUAUGGUUUGAGACAGGAUUCCAGGCAAUGGUAUGCAAAGUUGUCUCAGACUCUUUGCUCUAGAGGAUAUUCUCAUUCUUUGAAUGACUACUCUCUAUUCACUAGGGGUUCUGGUUCUUCUUUGGUGAUUUUUGCUGUGUAUGUGGAUGACAUAAUUCUGACUGGUACUGAUCUAUCUGAGAUUUCAUCCUUAAAAGGCUUUCUACAUGAGCAGUUCAGGAUUAAGGACCUUGGUUCCCUUAACUAUUUUCUGGGUAUUGAAGUGCUUUAUUGUGAUUCUGGUGUUCUUCUUCAUCAAAAGAAAUUCACUCAUGAUUUAUUAGAGUCCUUUGACUCUUCUGCCUCUUCAGUUGUGGUCUGUCCACUUACUAUCAAUGAGAAGUUGAAGGCUUCUGUUGGUGAUCUUCUGCCCAAGCCUGAGGAAUAUAGGUGUUUAGUGGGCAAGUUGAAUUUUUUAACCCACACUCGCCCUGAUAUCAGUUUUGCUGUCCAGCACCUUAGCCAGUUCCUGCAAUCCCCCCGUAUUCCCCAUAUGCAGGCUGCCUUAUAUCUCUUGCGCUAUUUGAAAGGGACUUCUGAUUUUGGCCUGUUUUUCAGUCAUUCCCCUGAUCUUGGCUUAAGAGUCUACUGUGAUAGUGACUGGGCUUCUUGUGCUGAUAGUAGACGGUCCGUUACUGGUUUUUGUGUAUUUCUGGGUGACUGUUUGGUGAGUUGGAAGUCUAAGAAACAGCCUGUGGUUUCUCUUUCCUCUGCUGAGGCUGAAUACAGGGCCAUGAGUAAAGCUGCUGCUGAAGUUACUUGGCUUUCCAGAUUGUUAUCUGACUUUGGUCUUUCUUCUUCUGCUCGUGUUUCCUUAUUCUGUGAUAAUCAGGCUGCAUUGCACAUUGCUCGCAACCCUGUUUUCCCUGAGCGGACCAAACAUAUAGAGUUGGACUGUCAUUUUAUCAGAGGAAAAAUUGGUGAUGGCUUGAUCAGUUUGGCUCAUGUUUCUAGUGCUGCUCAAGUUGCUGAUAUCCUUACCAAGGCACUCCCUGGGCCUGCUCAUCAUCUCCAUCUUGGCAAGUUGGGGGUUCUUUCACCCUCCAACUUGAGGGGGGCUGUUAGAAUAAUAGAAGAAAAAGGCUGA